AUGCAACUAUUCAGAAAAGCAAAAAAGAUCCGUCUUCGAAGCGUAAAAGACAAAUACCUAGUGGCAGAUGAUGACGAGGAAACGGUUUUCCAAGAUCGCGAUGGGUCAUCGGAAAAAGCCGAAUGGGUGGUCUACACCGCCGGAAAAAAUCACAUCCGUUUCAAGAGUUAUUACGGAAAAUACCUAAUGGCAUCUAAUACGCCAUUUCUUCAAGGGGUAAAGGGGAAAAAAGUUAUACAAACGGAAUUGAAACCGGAUGUAGAUGGGAGUGUGAAUUGGGAACCGGUAAGGGACGGUUUUCAGGUCCGGCUGAAAACGCACACCGGCAGUUUCUUGCGGCCGAACGGCGGAGUGCCGCCGUGGAGAAAUACGAUCACGCAUGAUACACCGCCGAGGUCAAAAACGCGGGAGAAGGUUUUGUGGGAUAUUGAAACUGUAGAAAGUCUUCCGUCGUAUCAGAAGGGAGAUUAA